AUGGCUUCCGGAGCUGGCGGCGUGGACACAAACGGUUGUGGCUGCUGCGGAUUAUCGGGAAUAAAUGGAAGCACUGGAGCUUCCGGGGCAGGUGGUGUAGAUGAAAAUGGCUGCUCUGGUGGAAGAAGUGGAAACUGUGGAGGGUCUGGUGAUGGUGGGGUGAAUGAAAAUGGCUGUUCUGGUGGAAGCAUUGGAAAUUGUGGAGGUUCUGGCGUGGGUGGUGGAAAUGAGAAUGGCUGUUCUGGUGGCAGUUGCGGAAACUGUGGAGGCUCUGGCGGUGGAGAAAAUGUGGGGAAAAAUGGUGUUGGCGUGAAUUCAUCUGGAGGUGAUAACCAUGGAAAUACUGCAGGUGGGGUAUCAGCUGGAGGCGACAGCCAUGGAAAUACUGGAGGUGGGGUGUCAGCUGGUGGAGAUAGCCAUGGAAAUACUGGAGGUGUAUUAUCAGCAGGAGGUGAUAGCCAUGGAAAUAUUGCUGGUGGUGGUGGAGAGGGAACCAAGGGUGGUGGCGGUGGUGAAGGCGGCGGUAAAACGAAAGCGGGUGGUGGUGGGGAGGGCGAUAGUGGAGAAGGCGGCGGCGGUGAUGGAAUUAAGGGCGGCGGUGGCGGAGAGGGUGGAGGAGGAGAAGGUGGCGGUGGAGAAGGUGGAGGAGGAGAGGGUGGCGGAGGCGAAGGGACCACCACCGGCGGCGAAGGAGUUGGAAGGACAGGCGGUGGAACAACUGUGGGCGGCGGCGAGACAACAGUAGGAGGCGGAAACGGUAGUAAAGGCGGGGGUUGCGCCACAGCCGGAGGAGAAGGAACUAAUGGCGUGGGUGGGAAGGGAAGCAAUGGAGGAGGAGAAGGCACAAUAGGAGGCAACGAAGGAACAGAGGGUGGCAAAGGCUGUGAAGGCGGCGGAAUCCGGCCAGGAGAUGGGGAAGGCGGUUGGACCUUGUUCUUCUGCCACCACCUCCACCACUCGAUCUUCUUCUACCACUACUACUUCCACUUCUUCUGCUUCUUCUCUUCUCUGCUUCCUCCUUUCGCUGGUGUCUGUCCUUGGGAUGGGUUCUGGCUUCUGACAACUUUGAAGAGCAGUAUAUAUAGAAGACUGAAAAACGAUGAAGGAAGAGGGAAGAGAUUGUAUGUCACUGUUGAUGAGCUGGAUCCCUUCUUGUGCUUUCACACUCACAAGUCAAUGCUGGUGAUUAAUGUCAUCGAGAGCAAUGCCUGCAUAGCAUCCCUGUUUACUUAA